CCACAAAAUCCUUCAUUACAGACGUUUGCACCGGAAAUUGUGUCACUCAUCUUCAAAUACUACGCCCAAAUGAUCCCUAGAUACACACGCAUCUGAGUUCCUGCUAGGUUUCGUGGUGGGUCAAAGGGAGCAUUCGUCCUCCGCCCUUGUUCAUUGGGCGGAGUGGUUCUAUACUACUCUCCGCCUUAACUUUCCGACGAUAUGAUUGAUCAGUUCAUCAAUUUUGUCAUUCGACCUCCCAGAGCUGAUUAUAAUCCUGACCAGUAUUUAUGGGAGAAAGACUUCACUCUUGCUGGAAGGAAAUACAAAAGACAAGACCUUGAGCUCAGAAAUGGUAGAGGGCAUAUAUUGAGGUGUAGCCAUUACAUGCCUUCAGUCUUCCCAGAUAAUACCUCUCUUCCUUGUGUCAUAUACUGCCAUGGAAACAGUGGAUGCAGGGCGGAUGCAAAUGAGGCUGCUGUGAUUCUUCUACCAUCAAAUAUUACUGUUUUCACUCUUGAUUUUUCGGGUUCAGGGUUAUCUGAUGGUAAUUAUGUCAGCCUUGGUUGGCAUGAGAGUGAUGACUUGAAGGUUGUUGUGUCAUAUCUAAGAAGCAACGAACAAAUAUCUCGUAUUGGUCUAUGGGGGCGCUCUAUGGGUGCAGUUACCAGCUUACUGUAUGGAGCUGAGGACCCUUCUAUAGCUGGAAUGGUGUUGGAUAGUGCUUUUUCUAAUUUAUUUAAUCUAAUGAUGGAACUUGUUGAUGUGUACAAAAUUCGGCUUCCUAAAUUCACGGUGAAAGUAGCUCUGCAAUACAUGCGUAGAGUGAUUCAGAAGAAGGCAAAAUUUGAUAUUAUGGAUAUAAAUGCAUUGAAGGUUGCACCAAAAACAUUUAUUCCUGCUUUAUUUGGACAUGCAAAAGGGGACAAGUUUAUACAACCCCACCACUCUGACCUCAUUUCUAACUCCUAUGCAGGAGAUAAAAAUGUGAUAAAGUUUGAUGGGGAUCACAACUCAUCUAGGCCACAGUUUUACUAUGACUCGGUCUCCAUAUUCUUUCACAAUGUCCUUCACCCUCCUCAGUUAUCACCAUCAUGUUCAACAAAAUAUGAGAAGUAUUAUGAUUUGGGAGAUCUUCAAGUUGAUGCUGCUGGUAUAGAAGAGAGUUUAUUGUAUGAGAUAAUCGGGGGGGAAAGGGCAAGGGUUGGAGAGUGGCAGUGCAAGCACUUCAUCUGCCCCACCUACCAUUUUAACCACGGAUUCGGUUGA